ACUGUGGAUUAUGCUGAGCGUUCUUUUGCACUUGGAAUCCAGUGGAUUCUUGUUCGUGUAAUCGGUACUAUUCCUGCUCCUGUAUUAUUCGGGUGGAUGUUCGACGUGUCAUGCGUGCGCCGACACAUGGACCCAUGUUCUAAGCAAGAUGCUGCUCUUACUAAGGUGUUAGAAGGAUACAUUUGUUUUCUGACGGUAAUACAACAUGCAGCAGACACCAAAUAUUUGGCUGUUUUGUGUGCAUUUGUGGCGGGAACUUUUGAGAAGGUUGUUAUAAAAUUCGCUAGUAAUAUAAAAGUUGGAUCAAAGCAGGGAAGUUGCACCUUGUAUCAAAACAAGCGGCUAGCGGAGCUGUUCCUGGCUUUUAGUGUGAUGGGGCAGUUAAUCGCAAUGGUGUUACUUAUAUCUACCCUGGUAUUCUUUUCUGCUCAGCUUCGAGAUGAUCCACUGCCAACAACUGCUGUUGCUGUUCAAGAUGUAGUGAGUAAAGAUGUAGAAAGCAAUAUCGACGGGCUGACCGAUGAGGAGAACGGCUAUGGUUUUAAUUGUGAGAAGCCAGAGAAUUAA